CUAAAGGACCCUGGAUGCUCCGAGACACAGACGCCGUUCUUCCAGCAUCCAGGAGCGCGAGCGCAAUGAAGUAGGUCAUUCACGCGCAGAUACACCCCCCUCCCCUCCAUCUCUCUCUCUCACACACACACUGUACAUCAUCACUGAUGACUGAACACACACACAAGCUCCUCUCUCCUCGUGCUCCAGCACAGCCUUCACAAAGGAAACACUGAACAGGACUGUGUUUUUUCCACACGAGCUGAGGAUGUAGAGCAGAGCCCAGUGUGUGUGUGACAGAGCUCUGAGCCAGACGUCCUUCAGGAACGCUGAGGAAACUCAUUCUUUGUGAUUGAAGAUCAUGCUUUUCUGGGGGGGAAUGGACGGGUAGACGCGGCGUUUGGAUGCAGGAACAUGAGGGAGAGAGAGAGGGCACCAGCAGCAGUGCCCAGGUGGGUGUUCUGGCAGCGGGACGGGGCUGUGAGACGAGCGGGGCUCCGGUCGAGGACAUGCAGGCGCUGUCCAUCGCGUCUCUCUCCGCCUCAGAGGUGGAACAGCAGUAUGAGCUGAUCGCUGCUUUGGGGAAGGGCACCUACGGCAAAGUCGACUUGUGUGUGCAUCGAACACAGGGAACCAAACUGGCUCUGAAGUACGUGAGUAAGAACAAGACGAAGCUGCGUAGUUUCCUGCGCGAGUACAGUCUGACGGCGGCUCUGGGCUGCAGUCCGUUUAUCAUCAAAGUCCUGAACGUCCUGUUUGAGACGGAGGACAGCUACGUGUUCGGCCAGGAGUACGCGCCCGCGGGAGACCUGUUCGACAUCAUCCCGCCUCAGGCCGGCCUGCCGGAGGAGAUGGUCAAACGCUGUGUUCAGCAACUGGGUUUGGCUCUGGAUUUCAUGCACAGCAAGAGUCUCGUCCAUCGCGACGUGAAGCCAGAAAACGUUCUGCUUUUCGACCGCGAGUGCCGGCGUGUGAAAUUGGCAGAUUUGGGAAUGACGCGGCGGGCGGGCAGCCGGAUCAAGCGGAUCAGCGGCACCAUCCCAUACACUGCUGCCGAGGUGUGCCAGGCCUCGGUUUCGGAUGGCAUCGUCGUGGCGACGACCCAGGACGUGUGGGCUUUCGGAGUUCUGCUCUUCUGCAUGCUCACGGGAAACUUCCCAUGGGAAGCGGCGUUGCCUAGCGACGCAUUCUUUUCCGAAUUUCAGCGCUGGCAGCGGGGGGCGUGUCCUCCAGGAGCCGUUCCCUCCCAGUGGAGGCGUUUCUCUGACGAUGCGUUACGCAUGUUCGGCCGGCUGUUGGCGUUGGAGCCGGAGCGACGCUGUGGCGUUAAAGAGGUGUUUUACUUCCUUAAAUACGACCUGCUGAAUCAUCAUCGCCGCAGAGCGUCCUGUAGGGCCCCGAGGGGAGGAGCCUCACGUUGCUCCGCCCACAGACACACAGAGCCCUCCCCCCCUUCAGGCACUUCCUGUCUACGCCCCACCCCCCUCAAACGUAGCAUCCUGUCCGAACCGCAUUCCUCAAGGGAAGAGUCCUCCAAAAGCCCGUCGCCCAACCGCCAAGACAAGAGCAAAGUGAUGAUGACCACUCCUAUUGAGAUUUGUGUAUGAAGACCAAACUGGGUCUCUAAGUGUACGGGUUUCACUGGACGGCCGCGAAACUUGUAGCAAUAUUACUUCAGGAGAACUACUGGAAAAACGUUUGCACAAGAAUGACAAGAACGCCGUAGGUUAUUAAGAACUGGCAAAACUAUUACUCUGUGACUGUGAAACCUCACUAAUUUAUAGGGAAAGUAGGACCUACUUUGGUAGGUCACUUCAGCUCUAGAAAUGAUUUUGUUUUGCAAGGAAAAACAUACUGAAUUUAACAUAUUUGCUUUUAAUUUAAAAGAAUAGUUCACUCAAAAAACAACAUGUCUUUCUUUCUUAUGGAGUCCCUAGAGGACAUGGUGAGAGAAAAAUAUGAGAUGGGAAGGAAAAAAUGUGUCAAAACUUUUCCCUUCCCCAUAAAAACUUUGCGUUUGCUCGCAAAACUCUUGCGUUCCCCUGAGAAACUUUGUUCACUUGCAAAGAACUCAAAAGUUGUGCGAGUGAAUGCAACGUUUCUCAGGGGAACACAAAACAUUUGGGUGUGAAUGCAAAAGCACCGAAAUAUGCAUUUUCCUCAAAUCUCAUAAUAUUCGCCCCAUCGCUUUGUCCCUUUAGGGGCUCCGUACGUUCUUCCAUUGAACAUGAAUGGAGAAAUACUGCACAAUGCUCCAUAAUGGGUGCUUUAGAUGUCAAGAUCCUGAAAUCACAUCAAAGUACCACAGUCUGAGUCCUCUAAAGCCAUAUAAUAGAUUUAUGUGAGUCAUUCUUAACCAAAAAUUGUAUUGAUAGUAUUUUUGCUUCAAAGAUUGUCCAUUUACUGUCAGAAAGAAUGUGAGAAAUCACACAUUAUCUAUAUCAUACAUCUAGCCCUAAAACGUGUUAAUUAGUGCAUAUUAUUUGUGUAAGCUACUAAUAUAGACCUUUCUGGAGUAGAUAAGGUACAGAGUUGUUGCAUUGAGCCCAAGGACAAGCUGAUGUGCUACUACUAAUAGUAAGAUUUAUGCACACAUUUUGCACAAAUUUGAUCCAUCUUGAUAUUGAAUGGUAUUUGAGAGAUAUGCAUUUUCAAUUCACAUUUUGGUCCAGCGCAGUCUCACCCCAAAAAGUCAUAUAACUGACGUUUUGGGACGUCUUUUGACCAUACGUCAAUAUUCGC